AUGCAAUGUCGUCUCUCCAUCUUUUCCCAUAGUGAGUCAGAUGGCAACCCUAGCACAGAAGAUGAAUCCAGUAAGGGGCAGGAGGAUUUAUCUCCCCAUCCACUCUCCAGCUCAUCUGAUGGCGUUACCAGCCUCAGCCUUCCUGGCCACAUGGAGCCCGUCUACAUGCAGCAGCUCGGAAACACUAAAAUAGCCUUGAGCUCAUCUGGUGUCUUGUUGAAUGGAAACCUUGUGCCUGCCAGUACCUCUCCCGUCUUUCUCAAUGGAAGCUCUUUUCUUCAGGGACCCAACGGUGUCAUUCUCAAUGGACUCAGUGUGGGGGCUUCGCAGACUGUUACCUUAAAUUCGCCCAAAACCACAUCAAGUGUCGUGAGCAAUGGUGUAUCCAUUACUGAUAUACUGUCAUCUUCAUCAGAAGAUGUUAAGGACUUCAAACUCCUUCAAGCUUCGGUCCCCAAUGCCGCAGCAGCCACCUUCAGCCCCAGCAACAUCCCAGUCUCAUUCCCGGGGUUGAUACCAAGCUCAGAGGUGAAAAGGGAAAGCAUACAAACUGCUGCUUCACAAGAUGGAGGCUCUGUAGUUACUUUUACUGCUCCUGUCCAAAUAAACCAGUAUGGCAUUGUCCAGAUCCCCAAUUCAGGAACAAAUGGCCAGCUGCUGAACGGAAGCAUUGGGUUUUCUUCCCUGCAGCUGCCUCCUGUUUCUGUGGCAGCUUCACAAGGUAAUGUUUCAGUAAGUCCCAGCACAUCUGAUGGGGGAACUUUUACGACUGAAUCUUCAGCAGUGCAACAAGGAAAGGUUUUCUUCAGUCCCCUCGCUCCAAGCGCGGUCGUUUAUACAGUUCCCAAUUCAGGCCAGGCAGUAGGCUCUGUCAAGCAAGAAGGACUGGAAAGAAGCCUUGUGUUUUCUCAGUUGAUGCCAGUCAGUCAGAACACGCAACUAAAUGUAAACAUGUCUUCUGAAAAUAUAUCCAGUGGAGGACUCCAGUCCCUGGCCUCCUCGUUAGUGAAUGUAACACCUUCACAUAAUUUUUCCCUUACACCACCAACUCUUUUAAAUGCUGCAGAACUGAACUCUGGUAUCUCAGAGAGCCAGUCCAUGUCAUCACCCGUGACCAGCACCUCUACAGUGAUAUCUAUCAGCAACACUAACUAUGCAACCCUUCAGAACUGUUCCCUCAUUACCAGUCAAGAUUUGUUGUCCAUUUCUACAGCACAGCCUGCGCUUGGAGAAAUAGUUUCUACAAGUGGAGACCGUGUCAGCCACUCCUCUGCACAAGUACAUCAAGAUUUUGUCAGAGAGCACAGGUUAGUUCUGCAAGCCGUACCUGAUGUCAAAGAGAAUUUCUUACCUAAUGCUGAGAGUAAGUCAACUGGCAAUUUAAUGAUGCUGGAUUCGAAAUCCAAGUAUGUUAUGAGUAACAUGGUUGACACAGUUUGUGAAGAACUGGAAACGGACAAAAAAGAACUUGCCAAACUGCAGACAGUUCAGAUGGAUGAAGAUAUGCAAGACUUGUAA